AUGUCCGCAGUUUUGAAAUCUAAGUUGAAGGUAGCUUUAGUUCAGUUAGCAGGAUCUUCGCCUGACAAGAGUGCGAAUUUGAGCAGAGCCGCUCAAUUCGUUGCUAAAGCCAUGGAUGCACAACCGGAUACGAAACUGGUUGUGUUACCAGAAUUUUUCAACGCUCCAUAUGCAGUUGAUAAGUUCAGAGAAUAUGCCGAAGUAAUCACACCUGACGCGACAUCGGUGAAAGCGUUAUCUGAGAUUGCUCGCAAAUGGAAAGUCACACUAGUUGGUGGUUCCAUCCCAGAGCUAGAACCUUCUACAGACAAAAUAUAUAACACGUCUCUUAUCUUUAAUGAAGAUGGUGAGAUCAUUGGCACACAUCGUAAAGCACAUCUUUUCGAUAUUGAUAUUCCAAAUGGUAUCACUUUCAAGGAAUCCGUUACUCUAUCUGGUGGGAACAAAAAUACGUUGAUUGAUGAUCCAAAGAUCGGUAAAUUUGGUGUCGGUAUCUGUUACGAUAUGAGAUUUCCGGAACUUGCUAUGGUUAGUGCCAGAAAAGGUGCAUUUGCUAUGAUUUAUCCAAGUGCUUUCAACACUACCACCGGUCCAAUGCACUGGCACCUUUUGGCCAGAUCUCGUAGUAUCGACAACGAGAUUUAUACCAUCUUGUGCUCACCAGCUAGAAGUGGGGGCUCUGGUUAUCAGGCUUAUGGUCAUAGUUUGGUGGUUAAUCCAAGAGGUGAAAUCAUUGCAGAAGCUGGUGAAGGUGAAGAGAUCGUAUACGCCGAAUUGGAUCCUCAACUUAUCAAGGAAGUAAGACAAGCUAUACCUGUUACUUUCCAAAGAAGAUUUGACAUCUAUCCUGACGUUAGUAAGACCGAUAAAUAA